ACUCUGAGAGAAGAGGUGACAGGUGGGCCCCGUCACUGCCGCCGGCAACCACGGCCCACCCAGCGGCCCCCGUGCGCCCAUUGCGCUGACGAACAGACUGAGUCUCCGACCGGGCGGGUCUUUCUCGUGUGUAGAGAGGGAAGCUUCGGGAAAACGGGACCGAGAAGCCUUGCUUCCCAGCCCAGGGCCCUUCCCCAUCCCCGGGAGGGUGGUCAAUGGCGGGAUAACCCUUCUCUCCUCCCCUCCACGAUUCUCUCGGUGUGGGUCGCUCUAAGGGUCCCGUCAGGGCUCAGUGGUUCCGCCCUUCGGCAUUCCGAGUUCCCCCGGGUGCAGGGUCGGUGGUACAGCCCGCAGGCCCCCUUGGUCAGUGGCUCGCUCCCCCUUCCCCUACUUCCUUGCGGAGGGGGCUGACAGCUACGGUCCCGGGGCCUGGCGACUCGGGGCUGUCCCCGGCGCUGCCUGCGCUCCAGGCCCGACGCCAUCUUGUGGCGGCGCCGGGUUUCCGCUCAGGCAACUGCGAGAGCGACCCAAGGGCCUGGGACCCCAGGGCCCUGUUCGGACAGCCCCGCCGGCCGGGACCUUGCCGCCGGGUAUUCCCGCAGUGUGGGUCCACUUCACGGCAGGGUGCAGUGGGGUGGCCUGACUCUACCCGACGCUCACCUGACGCUUCCGUGGCCGCGUUUCUCUCCGACUCCGGCAUCGACGAGGUGGGGAAACUGAAGCCCAGAGAGAAAAGCUGAGUGGCUCAAAAUCCCACUACAAGUUUCCUAGUGUAAUGCAAGGACUGCGAUUCCAGCCAGGUCGCCUGCAGCAGAUAGUCAUCACACAAGCAAACGUUUAUUGUGCUCUUUCCAACUCCCAGGAGUACCUGUACCGCUAUGGCUACACACAAGUCGCCGAGCUGAGCGACGACGAUCAGGCCCUGAGUCGGGCGCUGCGGGUCCUCCAGAGACGCCUGUCUCUACCGGAGACCGGGGAGCUGGACAGCACCACCCUGGAGGCUAUGCGCACCCCGCGCUGUGGCGUCCCAGACCUGGGCAGAUUCCAGACCUUUGAGGGCGACCUCAAGUGGCACCACGAAAACAUCACGUACUGGAUCCAAAACUACUCGGAAGACUUGCCGCGCGACGUGAUCGACGACGCCUUUGCCCGCGCCUUCGCGGUCUGGAGCGCCGUGACGCCGCUCACUUUCACUCGCGUGUACGGCCAGGAGGCCGAUAUCGUCAUCCAGUUUGGUGUUCAGGAGCACGGAGACGGGUACCCCUUCGAUGGGAAGGACGGGCUCCUGGCACACGCCUUUCCUCCGGGCCCGGGCAUCCAGGGGGACUCCCACUUCGACGAUGAGGAAUUGUGGUCGCUGGGCAAGGGCGUGGUGGUCCCGACCUUCUUUGGAAACGCGGACGGCGCCCCCUGCCACUUCCCCUUCACCUUCGAGGGCCGCUCCUACUCCGCCUGCACCACGGACGGCCGCUCCGACGACCACCUCUGGUGCAGCACCACGGCGGACUUUGACACGGACCGUCGGUUCGGCUUCUGCCCCAGCGAGAGACUCUACACCCAGCACGGCAAUUCCGACGGCAAGCCCUGCGUGUUUCCCUUCACCUUCGAGGGCCGCUCCUACUCCGCCUGCACCACCGACGGCCGCUCCGACGGCUACCGCUGGUGCGCCACCACCGCCAACUACGACCAGGACAAACUUUACGGCUUCUGCCCGACCCGAGUGGACUCGACGGUGACCGGGGGCAACUCAGCGGGGGAGCUGUGCGUCUUCCCCUUCAUCUUCCUGGGCAAGGAGUACUCGACCUGUACCCGGGAGGGCCGCAAUGAUGGGCACCUCUGGUGUGCCACCACAUCGAACUUCGACAGCGACAGGAAGUGGGGUUUCUGCCCCGACCAAGGAUACAGCCUGUUCCUUGUGGCUGCGCACGAGUUCGGCCAUGCACUGGGCUUAGAUCACACCAACGUGCCAGAGGCGCUCAUGUACCCCAUGUACAGCUACACCGAGCAGCCGCCCCUGCAUGAGGACGACGUGAAGGGCAUCCAGCACCUGUAUGGCGGCCCUCGCCCUAAACCUGAACCACGGCCUCCAACUACUACACCUACAACCCAGCCCACCGCUCCCCCGACGGUCUGCACCACUGUCCGCCCCUCAGAGGGCCCCACUACUGGCCCCACAGGCCCCCCUUCAGCUGGCCCCACGGAUAUCCCCACUGCUGGCCCCACCGGUGCCCCCACUGCUGGCCCCACGGAUACCCCCACCCGUGCCCCCACUGCUGGCCCUUCUGUGGUCCCUACAGCGUCUUUGGAUCCAGCGGAGAAUGUUUGCAACGUGGACAUCUUCGACGCCAUCGCAGAGAUGGGGGGUUACCUGCAUUUGUUCAAGGACGGGAGGUACUGGCGAUUCUCUGAGGCCCAGGGGCGCCGGGUGCAGGGCCCCUUCCGUAUCAGGGACACGUGGCCUGCGCUACCUCCCAAGCUGGAUUCCGCCUUUGAGGAGCCGCUAACCAAGAAGAUGUUCUUCUUCGCUGGGCGCCAAGUGUGGGUCUACACGGGCGCGUCGGUGCUAGGCCCGAGGCGUCUGGACAAGCUGGGCUUCGGCCCGCAGGUGGCCCAAGUCACCGGGGCCCUCCCACGCGGCGGGGGGAAGGUGCUGCUGUUCAGCAGACAGAACUUCUGGAGGUUUGACCCGAAGUCGCAGAUGGUAGAUCCCAAGAGUGCCAGCCCUGUGGACCAGAUGUUCCCCGGGGUGCCCUUGAACAUGCACGACAUCUUCCAGUACCGAGAUAAAGCUUACUUCUGCCAGGACCGCUUCUACUGGCGCGUGAAUUUCCAGAAUGAGGUGAACCAGGUGGAUGAAGUGGGCUAUGUGACCUAUGAUCUCCUGCAGUGCCCUGAGACCUAGGGCACCCCCCUGCUUCAGCACCGCAGUGUGGGUCCCCACCUUGAUGGAGAAGGAGCCAGUUUGCUGGAUACAAACCGGUGGGUCUGUUCUGAAGGACAAAGGAUGAGUGGAGGUGGGCUGGGCCCCCUCUUGUCCCACCUUCCUUUUUUGUUGGAAUGUGUUUAAUAAACUUGGAUACUCUAA